AUGAUGAGGCCCAGUUUGGCCUCAGCCGGCUUGAUGUUUGAGGUGCAGUCUCGACCUCUGGAACGUUCAAAGGAUUCUAGGAGUAGUCUAAUUGGAGGUCCCUUGGAGGACACAGAGCAUUCAGGAUAUGCGCCUGUAGAUGAAGGAAUGACUUCCCCCAGCACGGUUGCUACAAAGACCACUGACCUGGCCCUUCAGAGAAUGAAUUCUACCAACAGCGAUGAGGGUGCGAAUCAGCUGGAGUUCUAUUUAAUGCUGUUGAUACCACUGGUUUUAGUGGCCUUCCUGCUUUUGUCAGUGGUUUUCUUUGUAAUAUACUAUAAAAGAAAAGAAGCCAAACAAGAGCCUUCUAGCCAAGGAUCACAGAGCGCUUUACAGACACAUGAACUGGGAAGUGAAAACUUGAAAGUCCCUAUUUUUGAGGAAGACACUCCGUCUGUCAUGGAAAUCGAAAUGGAGGAGCUGGACAAGUGGAUGAGCCCCAUGCACGAGGACUGUGGGUGUUUGCCUCCUUUAAAAGAAGAAAAGGAGCCCAACCUCAGCCCAAGUGACCACUAAGCCCACUACUGAAUGGGGCUGAUGUUUUCCAAGAGAGGCUGUCCUGGAGGGAGUCUGCUGGCCUGC